CGUGUUUUUGAACAGAGAGGAAAAGGAAAACAUUGAGGAUCAGCUGAUCUCGCGCUCCGGUACCGCUACUGCCCAGUGAUGAUGAUGAUGAUGAUGAUGAUGAUGAGUGUCGGGAGUCGGUGCUGUGUGUCCGUGGUGUCGGUAGCGUUGAUGGUGUUGUGUGCGCGCGUGAGUCACUGUGGGCUCGUGCACGGGGAGCAGGUCGCGUUUGUGCGCGUGUCAGUGCAGCAGGAACCCGGCAGCAGUGUGUUACAGGGGCGCGUGCUGCAGGGACAACAACAACAACAACAACAUCAAAGUGAGGAAGAGCACGAGCUGCGGGGAGACCUCCGAUUGGUUAAAGAUGAACAGGAAGGAGUGAGGACUGCAGAUCACAGAGGUGAUGAUGAUGAUGAUGAUGAAGGUCAGAGGUCAAAGCCCUGGAUAGGCGUGGUUCCUGUCCAAAUGGAGGAGAGUCACGUCUCAAACAGGAACCAGGAGUCAUUUGCCUCUACUGUGGUCAACAAAAUGAAGAGGGCGUUGGUUUUGGGGGCGUCGGCUCUCAUCAUCCUUGUGUUAAACCAGAACACACUGAGAGAGAUGGAUGUGUCUCAGCUUCUCUCUAAACCCAUCAUCAUCAUACAGAACUCGGAGAACGUCACUAAACUGUUUGGGGCUCUGCUCAGGGGUCUACAUGCCACUGCAAGAAUCACAUACAAAACAUUACUACAGAAUAACCUGGGUGCUACCCUCACUCUGUGGUCGAGUUGUGGUCGAUCCAGAUGGGGGCGCUAUGGAGAGUGGCAGGGAGUCGUGUGCACCGGAGAGACCAACUCACCUGUACAGAAAUAUCUGCAGCAGUUGUGGAACACAGUGGUGUUAAUCGCUCUGAUCCUCUCCACUGGAGUACUCGUCCACGCCCGCUGGCAGUACCACGAUGACCAGCUCACUGACCAGCUACAGCUUCACCCCAAACAGGAGCUGCUGAAUAAACUUUCUGUGUUAAAGACCCGGAAAUACAGACAGAAAAAACACACUGAGCCGCCGGACACUGAGAACUGUGCUGUGUGUUUAGAGCAGUACACUACUAACCAGUGUUUGAGGGUUCUGCCGUGUCUACAUGAGUUCCACAGGGAUUGUGUGGAUCCGUGGCUUCUCCUGCAGCAGACCUGUCCUCUCUGUAAACGCUGUGUACUCGGAAAUUUCUGCUGAAGUUCUGGCCUCAGGCUGGACACUCUAUCAGGUCAAAUCAUCUCAAGAUGUCAUUUUCUAGGAACCCUCAUACUGUACACACAGUGUCUCCAUGGAAACGACCCCUGACCUCAGAUCGGAAAUACUUCCUGACUUUAGGAUUAUUGAUUUUUUUUUUAAUUCUACGUUACUGUAGUGUGUUUGUUUAGAAUGACAUUGUACACACACGGGGUCAUGGUGUGUGUGUGUGCGCUCCAGAUCUCUCACACACACACAUUUCCGAGUGAACAGAAGAUGCUAAUGAAGAUGAUGUCAUCAGUGUUUAGGGCUUUAACUGUAUUCGUCUGCUUUAUUGUUUUUAUUUAUAUUAGUUUAUAAUUAUUUAAAAUGUAAUCUAAUCAAAAUUUAUUUCAUUUUAAAUCUGUAAAUAAAAAUGUAAAGAAAAUGCAGUAAAUAAAUUAAUGAAAGCUAUGAAGAGUGUAAGUGUUAAUGUUCAGGAUGGUAGUGAUGGAGGGAUGAAAUGAAAGAAUGAAGGAAUGGAGGGAGGAAAUGUAACAGGUGAGGAUGAAAGCUUUGGAGCUGAAUGUCCAGUCACAGAUGAGGUAUUGACCCCACGGCGCUGCUGAGGUCUGGACUGUGAUGGAGCCUCCAUCUUCUUGCUGAGUUUUUCAUGUGUUAAUGAGGAUUCAGGGGAUUAGUACAGGAUCAGUGGCUCAGAUUAUUGCUCUGAUGUUUAUUUAUUUAUUUUUAGAAACAUCUCAGUUUGGUCUUUCCAUCAGAUUAGACCCUGUAUCAGAUUGUGACCCUCUGAGUUCUGACCUCUCGGAACAAACAGCCCCAGGUCCAGAGAAAAUAGAUGAUGUUAAUGUGAAAUGGUAGAGCGAGCAUCACCUUCAACUCUCUCUCUCUUUUACACACACACACACACACACACACACACACACACACACACACACACACUCACACAGCUGUAAAGUCUUCAGAACAGUAUUUAUUAUUUCCAGUAUGAAUUUUAUCUCUACAUCAUUUCCCAAAAUGCUUUUGCUGUAAAAAUGGAAGUUUACUCAGACAACACUCCCUGUGUCUCUCUCUCACGCUCCCUGUCUCUCUCUCUCACGCUCCCUGUCUCUCUCUCUCACGCUCCCUGUCUCUCUCACUCUGUCCCUGAUGAUGAUCAGGAGUGCUCCUCCUGUGUAUCAAUAAUCACUUAAUUGCAAUGACAAUAUUGUUGCCAUGGUUACAUUAAACUGAGGUAGGAGGCGGCCUGCCUGGGGGGCGGAGCCACAUGGAGCCCAGGUGGAGAAAGUGUGUGUGUGGGGAAAGCAUAUUUUUUAGAGGAAAGCAUUUAACGCUACUUUAUAAUCAGCUUCAUCUGCUUUUAUAUCUAUUAACUGAAUAAUUGUAUUUGUUAUUAAAGGACACUGUCCUCCAGCGCCCCCAGCUGGUCACAGUUUAUAGGACACAUCAUGUUUUAUGGUGAUGACAUCAUCAGCAGAUUCUUGAGAUAUAAAGUGUGAUAUGAUCACACAACAACCUACACCUCUUACACCAUAACAACAUCACCUCUCCUCCUCCACUGUAAAUUUAAAUCAGAUUCUUUUCCUUAAAAUAACAAAAUGCUGAAGGGCUUUUUGGUUGCGUUUCAGUCACAAGGGAUCAGGAUCAGGAAAUAAUCCUGUCUCUCUGUUAAUAAAAAUCUAAAAAAAAAAAAAAAAAAAAAAAA